AUGGCGGGCUGCGGGGCGGCCGCGGCCUCCCAGCGGUCCGCUAAUGCCAGCUCUCGCUUUGCCUUCCAGGACUUGACGUUCCUGACGAAGCAGGAGAUCCUCCUAGCCCACAGGCGGUUUUGUGAGCUGCUUCCCCAGGAGCAGCGGAGCGUGGAGCAGUCACUUCUGGCACAAGUGCCCUUCGAGCAGAUUCUCAGCCUUCCAGAGCUCAAGGCCAACCCCUUCAAGGAGCGAAUCUGCAGGGUCUUCUCCACCUCCCCAACCAGAGACAGCCUUAGCUUUGAGGACUUCCUGGACCUCCUCAGUGUGUUCAGUGACACAGCCACGCCGGACAUCAAGUCCCAUUAUGCCUUCCGCAUCUUCGACUUUGAUGAUGAUGGAACCUUGAACAGAGAAGACCUGAGCCGGCUGGUGAACUGCCUCACAGGAGAGGGCGAGGACACACGGCUUAGUGCAUCUGAGAUGAAGCAGCUCAUCGACAACAUCCUGGAGGAGUCUGACAUUGACAGGGAUGGAACCAUCAACCUCUCUGAGUUCCAGCACGUCAUCUCCCGUUCUCCAGACUUUGCCAGCUCCUUUAAGAUUGUCCUGUGACAGCAGCCCCAGCGUGUGUCCUGGCACCCUGUCCAAGAACCUUUCUACUGCUGAGCUGUGGCCAAGAUCAAGCCUGUGUUGCCAGCGCGGACCACGCUGGCCCAGCCUGGAGCUGGCACUGUGCAGCCUCACCCCGGGCAGGGGUAGCCCUCCUUGUCAGGGCCUCUCCUCACUACCAUUGUCAUUGCUCCAUUUGUGUUUGUACUAAUCAGUAAUAAAGGUUUAGAAGUUUGA